AUGUCUUCUUUGUACUCCGGCUUGAUCACUGCAACCCUGAUCUGGCUUGUAUACGUCUUCGGUAUUGUUGUAUACCGCUUAUAUUUCCAUCCGUUGGCCAAGUUCCCCGGGCCGAAGUACGCGGCUGUAAGCAGGUGGCACGAAUACUACUACGAUGUCCAUUUACAAGGGAAGUUUAUCUUCCACAUAAAAGCCCUGCACGAAAAGUACGGGCCCAUUGUUCGCAUAACGCCAGAUGAGGUCCAUAUUCUGGAUUCGGAUUUCUGGGAGACCAUCUUUACCAAGGCUGGAAGGGUGGACAAAUAUGAAUGGCUGUCCGGCCGCUUCGGUAAUGAACAUUCCGUCUUGACGACAGCGCCAGAUGAACUCCAUCGAAUACGACGAAACGCGUUGAAUCCGUUCUUUUCGAGGAAGAGAAUCAUAGAUUUACAGGGCAUUAUUCGGAAGAAGCUUCAUCACUUGAUCGCCAAAGUACGGGAAUACCAGCAAUCCGGUGCCGCGAUGGUAAUCAAUCGGGGCUAUAUGGCUUUUGCCGAAGAUGUUAUCAUGGAAUACUGUUUUGCUCAUGAUUACAAUAGUCUUGAUGCUCCUAACUGGACCCCGAUUCUGCAUGACCCGUUCCAGGCUGUCAGCAUCAGUGGCAACAUGUCUCUUCAGUUUCCCUUGGUGCCCAAGAUUUUGAAUUGCCUACCACAGUCCUGGCUAGUCCGGCUCGAACCAUUGUAUGCCCUUGUUUUUCAAAUGCAAAGGGACUUUGCCCAACAAAUUAUCGACUUGAAAAGCGGCAAGAUUGAUGAUCUUGCUGCCAAAGCCGACCACACAACGGUAUUCUCCGAACUGAUUCAUGGGGAUCUGGCCCCCAACGAGAAGUCCGACCGUCGCCUACAAGACGAAGCACAGUUGAUAAUAGGAGCGGGGCUCGCCACCACUGGCUGGACACUCAGCGUGGCCACCUUCUACAUUUUAAGCAACCCAAGUAUUCUUCAUCGGCUACGUCAAGAGCUUGAAGAAGCAAUUCCCAACAUCAAUGAAUCAGAUCCCACCGCACCGCUGGAAUGGACGGAACUAGAAAGGCUUCCAUAUCUUUCAGCCUGCAUCAAGGAGGCUGUCAGACUAUCGUAUUCGACAACGUCGCGGAACGCCCGUCUAUUCGCCAAGCCAAUGCAAUACGGCAGCUGGGUCAUCCCUGCAAAGACGCCGAUUUCGAUGACCAUUCCCUUUCUUAACCAUGACGAAGAAAUAUUUCCCAACUCGACAUCGUUUGUCCCUGAGCGGUGGCUUGACUCGCCGAAAGCGAAGAACGGAUCCAGCUUGGAUCGUUAUUUUGUCGGGUUCGGUAAAGGCACGAGGUCUUGUUUAGGAAUUAACCUCGCACACGCCGAACUCUACUUGACACUAGCAGCUAUGUUCCGCUACUUCGAAUUUGAACUGUACGAGACCGACCAAAGUGAUGUGGAGUUGGCUCACGACUUCUUUCUCCCAUUCCCCAAACUUGACUCUAAGGGCAUCCGAGUCACGGUAAAGCCUAUGAAGAAGGAUGGAGGAGUUCCCAUGUGA